UUACAUUAAAAUUCAAUUUUAAUAUUCAUUUCUGUCCCGCUGGCGGAUGUAAACGAAACAAUUUGUCUUGUUAUUGUCGACUUUUAUUCCAGAUUAGUCACAAAUUUUUGCGCUUUUCAAUCGGCAGAAUUGCGACUGUCGCAGGGGUUCCCUUGCACGGUCUCGCCCCGUGGGGGUCACUUUCAUCGGCCGCCUCUUAUUUGCACCCUGCAGCUAAUCUUUUCUCUCCGACUAAUUGCUUAUUCUUAUUGUCUAGGGGUUUAGGCCAAAAGAACAAAUUCACGAAUGUGUUUAGGUACAGAGGUACCUGACGCUAAAUCCAUAAGCGCGAUCAGUCAUUCAAGGGUACCUCAAUAAAAAAUGAAAUUAUUUUUAUUAGAUGUGAUCGAGUAAGUAGUGUAACGUUUAAAUUCGUUGACAUUAGGUUCUAUCCAAUUGAAAAUUUGAUUUUUGACUAGUUUUCCCAAAAGAAACGACGAUGAGUGUUAUCGAAGAUGUCAUCGUUAACGUCGGUUGGGGACUCUACCACAACCUCAUCGUGGCAAUAGCUUCCGCAAGCGCUGCAUCGCAGGCAACCGCUUGGUCAACUCAAUGUUUUGCCUUGCCGAUGGCUUUUUGCGACAUGAUAUUGCCUGAGAGAUCUUUUCGAAAUUUGGGUGCUUACCUGUAUUUCGGAAUUGCUUUGGGAAGUUGCCCCCUUUGCUUUUUUAGCGAUAUUGCCGAAAGGAAGUCCCUGUUCACGAGCAGUUUACUCGUUUGUUUCGUUACAUGUCUUGUGGCCGGUUUCGCCCACGGUACCGUCAUGAUAGAAUUCUGCAUGUUUUGCUUAGGAUCUGGAUUAACUGCAAACCGUAUUAUUAUGAAAGUUUACCUAAUUGAACAUUUACCGUUUACGAAAAGAGGGAGAUACGUGGCUAUAACUGAUGUUUGCUUUGGAGUAACACUCCUUAUAUCGGCCCUAAUCGCAAGUUUAAUGACACCAUCGGUGAUACAUCAGAGAUCGUUUGACAUGAGAAUAAUCACUUGGAGACUAAUGUUCGGUCUUUCGGGAGCAGUGAGCAUCAUCAUAGCAUGCACGACAGCCCUGCUUCGGUCCAGCCCGAGACAUUUGUUUUUCAAGAGAGACUAUUCGGAAGCAGUCAGCACCAUAAAGUACAUCUAUUCGAUUAACAAUUCGAAACACAGCCAAACGUUUGACGUCCGCCCGCUCCAGUUGGUGAACGCAAUCAGUGAUUACAACCUCCGAUUCGAUCCUUACGCGACGACGUUCUCCGAACAACUUUUCGACUUGACAAAGAGGAUUUUCUUCUCGUUGCUACUCACUUUUAGGAAGAAAUUCGCAGUGAAUACGAUACUUGCCAUAUUGAUCAGGAUCGCGUUUCCCUUAGAGAGUAUUCAUGUGGGUUUAUGGCUUGUCAAUGUUAUACAUCAAAAUAAGUCGAUGGAAUGCAGCAUAACGCCUUUAAAUCUUCUGUACUUGGAAGGUGCAACAAAUGAAAACCGUUGCAAGAUUUCCUUAAGUGAAACCAUCUAUUUUGACUUCGUCGGACUGAUAGCUUCAACUGUUGUCGCUUACACGAUCGUUUUCUUGCUUGUCGAUCGAUUAGGAAGAAAACCUUUGCUCGUUGUAGCUUGCCUAUUGUGCACCGGAAGCGCUUUGAUUUUAUUAGCGAAAAUGGUUCCUUACUGGUUGGCAAUUUUGUCCUCCAUCGCCUUCAUGAUGGGUUACUCCAUUGCUCUGUCCGUGUUAGACAUUAUCACUUUGGAAAGCUACCCGACAGCGAUUAGGUGUACCACGAUGGUUGAGACCCAGAUGCCCUCGAAAAUGUGUGCCAGUUUCUGCCUAAUUUUUCUGAACGCGAACUGUCGAACAACUUUGACUUUUACGGCAACGUCAAUGUUAGUUGCCACGAUACUGAGCGUGUUCCUCCAAGAACUAAAGAACCAGCCCAUGAUUGAAUAACUAUUGCUUUUAAAGAAGAAAAAUUGUAAUUGGCAAUCAAUAAAGUACCA